CUGUCAAUCUACAAUUUGUGAUUUGGUUUGAUCCUCAUCGUGAAUACAUAACAUAUUUAGAACGCAAGUAAGCCUCCAAAGGAAAACGCACAAGGUGUUGCAGACGAGCUACGACAAGUUUUUGCCAGAAGCGUCAACGACCACCACCUCAUAUUGCAAGCCGGAGACGAUUUCCCAAGUUUUUUGAGACGCUCCAAUUCUCUGAUGCCGGAACCCUCGGAACCAAAACCGCCAGAACGUAUUGAUACACCCAUUAGUGCUACCUCUUCCUCAACCGCGGACUCUCCGUCCAGAGACGACAUCAAUGGCGUACCGGCAGCUCAGGAUGGCGACGUCGACGACUCUCCCGCCUCUUCGCCAACACUUUCCGCCACUAGCGAUACCCUCAUACAAGCGCUGGACUUUGACCUACUAGAUUUUGAUGAUGAUCUCUCUUCAUUUGACUUGGUCGGCUCAGACUGGAUCCGUGUCCUCUCAUCCACAUUCUCAGCGCAGCGAGAUCGACUCGAGCAAACGCCGUUUGGUCGCAAGUUCCGAAAGCUGGUAGAUACCCAAAAACGGAUUGUCAACAACCAAUUGCGGUUGUUGAAAAUGCAGCAGAGCCCAGAAGCUGUUAAAAAAAGGGACAAGCUAGCGUUUGUGGUCGGGGUUACCAAUAUGUGGGUUACCGCGUUACUAGUCGGGGUUUGGCCAGAAGUUAUUCCCUGGUUUUAUGUCGUAAAGACUUUUGUCUUGCUGAUGAUGAGACUGAUAGUGUAUAGGAGGAAGCGAUGGCAUUAUUUCAUGUUUGAUAUGUGCUACUUUGUGAAUGCGCUGUUGAUCUUAUACCUCGCAUUCCCGGGCUCGCACGCUAAUUUGUUUGCGGCUACCUGGGGUCUCGCCAACGGGCCGGUACUCAUUGCUAUAACUGCUUGGCGAAACUCUCUCGUCUUCCACUCGCUGGACAAGGUUACGUCGCUCCUCAUUCACUUUGACCCUCCUUUGACGCUCUUUAUCUGUCGUUGGGUCGUAAAGCCUCAUCACCAACACGCCCUUCGCAUUCUUCCCGACCACCUUUUGUCCCUCUCUACGAAUCCCCCAGAUAUAUCCUUCUCUCAAAUGAUGCUCACUUCGGUCGCGACCUACGUGUUUUGGCAAGCCGCGUACUGGGUCUUUGUUUGGACCAUGCGCGCAGACAAGAUCAAAGCAGGCUAUGCUACGAGUACGACAUGGAUGCUGGCCAAUCAACAGUCCCUCAUCUACAGGGCGGCCAAGCGAUUUCGUCCUGCAUAUCAACCUGCAGUAUUUAUGGCUAUUCAGCUUGUCUAUACCCUCAUUACAAUCGCCCCCACGUAUCUAUUUUACCGAUUCAAAUGGCUUAAUGCGGCUGCAUUGAUGGGGAGCUUGUGCGUCGCGACAUAUAAUGGGGCAAAUUAUUAUUUUGAAGUGUUUAGUCGAAGAUAUGUCGAGGAAUUGAAGGGAUUGAAGAAAGAGCUGGAAAGGGUGGGAAGUUCGGUCCAGCUUGAGGGACUCGACGGAUUGGAUGGGGGUAAUGUUCAAGGUGAUGGAGUUAAGAAAGUGAAGAAGGGGUAGGCGUGAUUGUGAAUGUGCUUUGCAGAGACUGUCAAUAGGGAUUGGUGAUGCGAGACAGUUCAAAUUACUGUGAUAUAUUUUGCUGGAAAGUUGGGUAAAAAUAUAUUAUCGAGAAAUAUAAUGGUAACGCUGGUAUUGCGAGAACCAUUGUUAUUUCCUUGUGGCCAAUAUCCUUAUAGAGCCCCC